CAUUUCCGACGUUGAGGCGUCGAUUCAUCAGCGGAUCCGACACGGAAUCCAUCGCAACUGCUUUUGACACUGAUGCCAACCAAACGAUCUGGAUAAUUCUUCUCGGUGCUCUUCCAUCCGAUUGCUCGCUUCCAUGCUACAAUUAAAGACCGGAAGUCGGAAAUUUGUGCUCAAUUUAUCAAUAAUUAGCAGCACUCCCAUCCAAACUCCAGAGACGUCUAAAGUUUAUAUGGAAUCUCUCACCGGAGUUGCUAUUUGCCAAGCAUCUCAAAUUGUGGCUCGAUUCGAUUUUUCCGAUGAUGAAAAUCCGCCAAACGCUCAACGCCGGCAUUGAGCCUCAAUUGGAUGAACCGGAAAGCCCGCCGAGAAUGAACGACGUUAUUGAUUGGAAAACUUGGGAAACGAUAAAAUCCAAGAUCAGCUCGUCAUAAUCUCACUUUAAACCGUCAUCGUCAAGUAGCCGCGACAGUUGCAUCGAAAUCGUCUCUAAUUCAUCACACUGGAUAUCUGGAGAUGGAUGCAAUCCCAAUUUGUGAUCUCCGAAUGCGACUUCGCCGAGCGUCCGAAUAAUUAU